CUCGCCGCUGUUCCGUCCGACGCAGAGGUCGGAUCGUCCCACUUGAGUCUCGGCAGACCUGGUGAUAUCCCAGACGCACGUGCAUUCUCGAUUGCAGAAACCGCGUCCUCGUCGAUGAGGGACUAGUUCCCAGGGGCUCUCUGCUCAUCCGAAUCCACCAACCCCGUUCUCCCUCCUCCAACAUCGCCCAACAUGUCACAGACAAUUGGAGCGACGAAACUGGCCUACUCAAGAGUAUGGCACCACAUCUCAGCAAAAGCCCCUCACCCGGUGCUUUCCACAGUCAAGUCCCCGCCCGAAGCCGUGACGCCGCCCUCGCUGGGCCGGCUGGCCUCGCGCAUCGCCACGAUCCUCAUGGGCAAGCACAAGCCGAUUUGGGACCCGUCGACCGACUGCGGCGACUAUGUCGUCGUAACCAACUGCGCGGCGCUGUACACGACGGGCAAGAAGAAGUGGCGCAAGACGUACUAUCGGCACAACACGCGCCCGGGCUCCCUCCGGACCAUCACCAUGGACGCGCUCAUGGACAAGUUUGGCGGGGCCGAGGUGCUGCGCAAGGCUGUCAGCGGCAUGCUGCCCAAGAAUAGAUUGCGCGACAAGCGGCUGGCGCGGCUCAAGGCUUUCGAGGGGGACUCGCACCCGUAUAAACAGAACCUGAUGCGGUUUGGUGGGAAAGUUGUUGGGACUCCUGGGUGGGAGGAGAUGGCAAGGGCUGUGAGGGAUGCGGAUAAAGAUAGGAUAUGAAGGGGUGGGUGGGAGAGAAGACAGAUGGGGGGAAGUGUACGAUGCUGACUCUGUAAAGGGGUCGCUGUACUACCAAAUAUAUCGAUGUAUAUGACGAGAGCAUCUGCUUUCUACGAAUUCGACGGCCUGGGACUGUCAGGGAGGAUGCGGGCUUGCUGCUUGACUUUGGCAACGCAGACUCGCUACGCCAGCCUCACAUUGAUAAGACGAGGCUAUCAGGGUAAUACACAGCGCGGCGAGCAACACGCUGACCAAGGAACUAAUCUCUUCUUCUUCGCCGCCACGUCCUUCACUCUGACCAUCCGUAGCUUCCACCUAGCGAAUCACCAUCGAAACGUCCCGAGCGACUUCACAUUU